UGAAUGCUCUUUCAUUCGUGUUGGAAAGUUGACUGCCAAUUUGUAACUGGAGAACACUCGAGUUCUGGUAGGCAAGAAGGACAGCACCGCACAUUGACACACCCUAAAGUUACCGAUUUAUUUUGACAAAAUAGCCAUAUCGAUCCAGCAUCGGAUAAUUCAGGAAAACUGUUUUUUCCUAUUCAGCAGACAUGAAAUCUUGCUUAUGGAUUGCCUUGCUUGUAACUCUGGCUAUAGGGACGAAAACACAAGACUUUGAUCUUUCUGAUGCCUUUGAUUCUGAUGACCCUAUACCAACUACUAUUCCAAAACAGCCAAAGCAACCUGCAAAGGAUCCCAGUCCAGGCGGUGGAUUUGAUCUAUUAGAUGCUCUUGGUCCAGAAGAGCCUGAGAAACCAGCUGGGAUCCCUCCUAAAGAAGGUGGAACUGAUCCCAAACCUGCCCCUCCUCCCGCACCUGUAGAUCCCAAAAAACCAGCUGGAGAAGCUGGAUCUGGUCAGAUCGCUGGCAUAGUGAGUGGAAUAGGAGUGGCCCUUCUUGGUGCUGCCUCCAUCUACUUUGCCUACCAGAAGAAGAAACUGUGUUUCAAGAUUCAGGGAGGUGUAGACCCAGAAAGUGGAAAGAACGCACAUGGAGCUCAGUCUGAUCCCCAAGUGAUGAGCAACUUGCUCAGGUCAUCUUAACUUCGAUCAGAUCAUCAUAGAGGAACUGCACCUUGAGCAAAGAAACACAUUCUUCCAUCAGCAGGUAUCAACUGUCUGCUGGGGGACUUCAGUGGGCAAAAAAAUACAAUAAAAAAAAAAAAUAUAUAUAUAUAUAUAUUUUUCAUUUGUCUUUCAUUUGGAAUUUAACAUUUGGAGAAUGUUAGUUAUAUGUUUUCUUGUUUUUUUUUGCCUUAUCUAGCUGUGUAAAGACACUUAGAUAGAUUUACAACUUGAAUACAUGUUUUUUGCAGUGAAAAUGUAUUGAUACUUUUCAUUGUAUAUUGUUCAGUACCAAACAAUUGUCUUUCAAUAUGCUGAUGUGAUUUUUCAUCACAUUCAUUACUUUUCAUUUCAUACUUUAGUAGGCCUAGCUAGUAUACAUAACUGCAUUUUACAUUUGACUGUUUACAUUGCACAUAGCUUUUGUUGUAUUUGUUUUACUUUAACUGUCUCCAUGUAUAUUCGAUUCAAUUCUGAUAGGCAGUAGGAUCCCUCGUUUCAUAAAAUGUCAGCGCUUGUUUUAAAAUAUAACCCAGGGCGAAUCUGUAGUUACACUAAUCAAAACAAACCAUGCACACAAAUGAUAAUUUUAUAACAUGGCACAUUCAUGUAAUUAUUAACUGGAUUCAAAUUUAAUAGAAGGAUU